GGUUCGCGUGUCCUUUCUCCACGCUGCAAUACGAAACAUGGCUGCGCUCUUGAGAUCAGCCCGGCUACUCAAAUUUUCGCCUUCUGGCGUGCUCCAGGUCACAGGAACCAAAAGAAGCGGGCCGCUAAUCAGCCGGUUCUACGGCGGAGCUCCCGGCGGCAGGAGAACCGGAGUUUGUUUCCGUCAGAUCAGCCCUGCAUCAGGAAAUGUGUCCAGUGGCGUGUGGCCGGCUGCUCUGGGGUCUGUGCGUAGCUACGCUGUGGCCACAGAGCAGAAUGAUGAGCCCAGCAUUGCAGUGCGGUCCAAGCAGGCGCAGAUGUUUGACUGGGCUUUGGACAAGCUGGACAGCUCUGUGAGGAGAACUGGUCGCGUCACCAAGACUCUGCUGCUCCGCAUCUUCCAUGAUACCUGCAGGACAGGUUAUCCCAGUGGUAACCAGGCCUUGCUGCUGCUGCGUAGCUGUGGGACUCUGCUACCUGAGGUGCACAUGGAAGAACGCACUGAGCUGGCCCACCACAUGUGGCAGAAGCUGCAGGAGCUGGGUGCUCAGUAUGAUGUCAGUCACUACAAUGCCCUGUUGAAGGUUUACCUGCAGAAUGAGUUCAAGUUCUCUCCCACUGAUUUCCUGGCCAAGAUGGAAGCAGCAAAUGUGCAGCCUAAUAGAGUUACCUACCAGAGACUCAUAACAGCCUUCUGCCAGAAUGGAAAUAUAGAGGGAGCCAGCACCAUAUUGGGUUUUAUGAAGAGCAAAGAUUUACCCAUAACUGAAGCUGUUUUCAACUCUUUGGUGAUGGGUCAUGCUCGUGCAGGGGAUAUGGAUAGUGCUCAUAACAUCCUGUCUGUGAUGCGAGGAGCAGGAAUUGAACCAGGACCUGACACAUACAUGUCACUGCUAACCUCCUAUGCUGAGAAGGGAGAUAUGGACAGUCUAAAAAAGACACUGGAGGCUGCAGAGAAUGCAGACUGCAGUCUAAUGGAUCGAGACCUCAUGCGGAUAAUUUUCACCCUGGCGAAGGCCGGACACCAGCAGCACAUCCCGGAGAUAGUUGAACGCCUGAGGCACGAGAGGACUUAUGUUGCAGACGCCAUGAACAUGUGCCUGAGCCUCAUCACUCAGGGCUUGGAGGACACAGCUCUUUCACUCCUGAAGACUUUCCCCAAAAUGCAGUCUAACAGCGUCAGCGAUUCUCCCCAAAUGGGCAGCUUCUUCCUUAGACACUGUAUUGACAUGGACACGGCAGUAGAGAAGAUCACCAGCUACUGCAAAGACUUGGAGGAGUCUAAUCUGCACACUGCACCACUCGUCUUCUGUCUUUUCUGUGCACUUGGUGCUAAGAAGACUGAAGUGUCUUUGAAGCUGAUGCAGAAAAUGAAGGAGCAGGAUUUACCCAUAAGGCCACACUAUUUCUUCCCCCUCCUGGUUCCGCAUGUUAAAGACAACAACGUGAAUGGUGUGGUGGAUCUGGUAAAGAGCAUGCAACAGCUCGGCGUGGCCCCUGAUGUGGACACGUUGUCCAACUACAUCCUCCCUGUUUUCUCCGACCUGGAGAAAGCCCGACAGACCCUCAAGGACGCAGGCAUUUCUCUGGAGUCCGAGGGCUUUAUGUUUUCAGAGGUUCGCUUGCUGGCUGUUAAGAACCUGGCUGAACUUUACGCUCUGUUAUUGAAUCCUUCCGUGCAGUCAUUGGACCCCCAUGUCUUCCUUGGCAGCCUCAUCGUUGGCUUCAGGAAGUCUACAGACGUGGAGACCAUGGUCAAGAUUACGGAUCUGUUAUACAAAAACGAGCGCUUCUACAAUGAAUCCGAUCCUGAAGCGGUGCCCUACUUCCUAUACAAUCUGAUCGAAAGCAUGUCUGCGAGGGAGGUGCAGGAACAGGAGGACAAACUGCGCACGUACUUUAAUCAGCUACAUACUCAGAAUAUAAUGAUUUCACGAAACAUCUUCAAAGGGAUCAGGAACCUUCUGGAGUCGUACCACGUACCCGAGCUCAUCAAGGAUGUCAUAGCACUGGUGGGUCGAGACGAGCGUGUGCCAGCCUCAGAAAUUGUGGGCAACAAUAGGGUCUUGAUUCUUGAGACGAAAUUAGCUGAACUGAAAGCAGAGAACAAACCAAUUGGUCCUGUUUUCAAAAAAACCAUCCAGGCUCUCUGCUUUGAAGAGAACCUGCAGCGUGCCCUUGAGCUGAAGCAGCAGCACGACGAGGAGAUGACAGCCAGCUGCUACGCCACCCUCAUCCAACUGUGCUGUCGCCACAACAAUGUGGAGGAGGCGCUCAACCUGAAGAGGGAAAUGAGUCGUAAGGACUCACUAGCGUUGGACACUAAUAAAUACAUCGCAUUGGUGAAGGUUCUCUCCAUGAACGGCAGAGUGGACGACGCUGUGGAAGUCCUGAUGGAGAUGCGAGAGAAGGAUGUGGUGAUAGAUGACAGACACGUCACCAUGCUCUUCCAUGUCCUCAACGAGGCCAAAGGCGGCGCCCCCACCAUCCAGCAGCUGCAGGACACCAUCUUUACGCUCGGCCUGACCAAGCCCUCUGCCAAUCUGUGCGGGCCGCUGAUUACGGCGUACUUGGACAGCAAAGACCUGUCCGGAGCUCUGGAGGCAGCUAUAGAGUGUUACAAGCGCUACAAGUGCCUGCCUCGCAUCCAUGACAUCCUCGUUGGCCUGGUGGACAAAGGAGACACUGAACUACUGCAAAAAGCCAUGGACUUUGUGAAUCAGAAGCGAGGCGAGAUGAUCAUGCUGUACAAACUGUUCUUUGCCUUCCUGCAAACGGGCCGCUACCGUGAGGCUCGUAAGAUCAUUGAGACACCGGGGCUGAGGGCGAUGCCUGGACGCCUGCAGUGGUAUGCAGAGAAAUGUAUUUUUGCCAAUGAGAUGGAGGCCUUGGAGCAGAUGGUGGACGCGACAGCCAAGCUGUUUGAGUGCGACAGGGAUGAGAUGUACAGUUACGUCCUUCGUCUCUGCAAGAAGAGAAAUGACUGGCGGAAGGCAGAAGCCAUGUGGACAAAGAUGCAGGAGGAGAACGUCAUUCCCAGAGAGAGGACCCUGCUUUUGCUAGCAGACAUCCUGAAGAGCAACGGCAAGGAGGUUCCCUUUGAGGUGCCCAAGACUUGGUACAGACACGUUGAGGCAGCACAGCAGGUGGAACCGAACACAGCUGCCACCCCAGCCAAUUAUGACUCUGAGUACCAGGAGCGUGUGUUGGCCCUCUGUACCAAGGGGAAAGCCAAAGUGGCCUAUGCCAUGCUGACGGAGAAUCUUAAAAAGGGCAUGACAUUGAGCCCGAUGGGUUACGACCAUCUGAUCCGCGCCCUGUUGGCUGAAGGAUCUGUAGAGAAGGCCCUGGCGGUCAAAUACAUUGCUGAGGCCCAUUUGCCAGCCUUCCGUCUGAGCGACGUCGCCGCCAGUUUAUUCAUCAUCACACAAAGCAGGAAAGGCCAGGCCAAAGACGCGCUUGAGAAGUUCAAGUCUAUGCUGCAGGCGGACCAAGUCCCCAUGAAGCUGUCCAUCACCAGGCUGGUGCAGGCCCUCGGUAAACAGGGGGACGUGGCCAGUAUUGAUGAGGUGCAGUCGCUGAUCAGGGGCUUCGGCAUCUCCUUCAAUCUGUCCACAAUGAUGUUUACCAACAACAAGGCCCUGGCGCACAUCCAUAAUGGCGACUUGGAGUCAGCAGUAGAGAUGUUGGAGGAAAUCUACACCAGUGCAGGCAGCAGACACCCCAGUAUGGCUUAUGUCUUCAGAAAGGUCCUGGAAGAUGGCAACGACAAAGCUUUGGAUAGGUUGAGUGCGAUGGCAGACCGACUCGCCAACCACUUCGCCUGCUACACACCGGCCACAGAUCUCUUCCUCCAGCUGCUGGACAAGGACAAAGUUGAGGACGCCAAGUUGAUGCUGGCUCGCUGUAACGUCUUGGCUGAGCAGAAAGAGAAGUUUGUGUUGUACAUGUCUCAAAAGUCUAAGAGUCCUGGACAGGUGGGAAGGAUCAAAGCCCUGCAGAGCCUCGUCCCAGACUUCACAGAGAAGGAGAGUCUCUACCGGUACCUGAUAAAAUGUCACGCUCUGGAUAAGGAUUUACCAGCAGCCAAGGCUCUGUAUGAGCAGAUGCAGGCGGAGGGGGUACACGUAGACGAGCUGACACUCAAACGUCUGGCCGUGCUGUACAGCAAUGCAGGAGAGCAGGCUCCCUUCCCUGAGCCCCCUGAGUCCUUCAAGUUUUACGCAGACAAGCUGAAGCAGAGUUUGUCCAAAUCUCAGACGGCUUCAGAGGAAUAACGACCUGUCCUCCUCCUACCUCCAUCCGCAUCCCACUUAUUUCUUCCUUUGUCCUUUUUUAAUUUUUAUACAGGUUGUUUGAACCAGAUUGUUGUUUGUCGUAGCUGUUGGGUGUUUGACUCUAUGAAGAUGCUGAUGAUGUUUGCCACGAAGAUGGGAAUCAUGGGUAGAGAUGUAUUUAUGCUAAUAAAUGUUAAGAAUCCA